UCUCUCUCUCUCUCUCUCUCUCUCUCUCUCUCUCUCUCUAAAUAUCUCUCUGUGGGUCUCUCUCUCUGGUUGAAGAUGGCGGGCGGAGGAGACAUGGGUCCGUCGAACGGGAAAAAGUAUCCGGGAAAGCUCACGCAAAAAGUUUUGGUGACUUGCAUUGUGGCAGCCAUGGGAGGUUUAAUCUUUGGCUAUGACAUUGGCAUCUCAGGUGGGGUGACAUCCAUGGCUCCUUUCCUGGAAAAAUUCUUCCCAGAAGUCUACAGGAAGCAGGCACUCGACGCCAGUACAAACCAAUACUGCAAGUUCAACAGCCAGACGCUGACCAUGUUCACGUCGUCGUUGUAUUUGGCUGCUCUGCUAUCCUCUUUCGUGGCCUCAGCCGUGACUCGUAAGUAUGGAAGGAAGCCCUCGAUGUUGAGCGGAGGGAUCUUGUUCUUGAUUGGAGCCGCUUUCAACGGCGCUGCGGUUAAUGUGGCUAUGCUUAUUGUGGGACGGAUUUUUCUUGGUCUCGGUAUUGGAUUCGCCAAUCAGUCUGUGCCACUCUACCUCUCUGAGACAGCUCCAUACAAAUACAGAGGAGCGCUCAACAUCGGCUUCCAAAUGUCGAUCACAAUCGGAAUCCUAGCCGCCAACGUCCUCAACUUCUUGUUCGCCAAGAUUGAAGGCGGCUGGGGGUGGCGGCUCAGUCUCGGCGGUGCAGCGGUCCCAGCUUUGAUCUUCAUUGCCGGCUCUGCAUGCCUUCCUGACACCCCCAACUCCCUCAUUGAACGUGGGAACCACGAGCAAGCCAAAGAACAGUUGAAGAAAAUCCGUGGCGUUGACAGCGUCGACAAAGAGUUCAAUGAUUUGGUUGCAGCGAGUGAGGUGUCGGGGAAAGUGGACAACCCGUGGGCGAAGCUGCUGCAGAGGAAGUAUAGGCCUCAGUUGACAUUCGCCGUUUUGAUUCCUUUCUUCCAGCAACUGACAGGGAUGAACGUGAUUAUGUUUUACGCGCCUGUUUUGUUCAAGACCUUGGGUUUUGGAGAUGAUGCGGCUCUCAUGUCUGCUGUGAUCACUGGCAUUGUGAAUUGUGUUGCUACUUUGGCUUCCAUUGUUUCUGUUGAUAGGCUUGGAAGGAGAUUUCUGUUUCUUGAGGGUGGAACUCAAAUGUUUAUUUGUCAGGUUGCUACAACAGUUCUAAUUGCGCUAAAAUUCGGAACAAGUGGGAACUCUGUUGAUCUGCCCAAGUGGUAUGCUGGUCUAGUGGUGUUUUUCAUCUGUGUUUACGUCGCCGGGUUCGCGUGGUCAUGGGGCCCACUCGGUUGGUUGGUACCGAGCGAGAUCUUUCCACUUGAAAUACGGUCUGCAGCUCAGAGCAUCAACGUAUCGGUCAACAUGCUCUUCACCUUCUUCAUCGCUCAGGUCUUCUUGGCAAUGCUGUGCGGCUUAAAGUUUGGGCUGUUUAUCUUUUUCGCUUUCUGGAUGGUGGUGAUGAGCAUUGUCAUCAAGCUUUUCUUGCCUGAGACAAAGGGUAUCCCAAUUGAAGAAAUGGCUGGUGUAUGGAAAACCCAUUGGUUUUGGAAGAGGUAUGUUGCAGAGGAUGAUAACACUACUCCAAAUGGAGGCAUGGUCUGAAGUCAAUGAGGCGUUGCUGUACUUUUAUUUCUUAGCUUAUUAUUAAAUCAAGGGUUAACUAUUGUUUGAGUGAAGGUGACAAUCUUAAUUUGGAAAGGCAAUACUAUUUUAUUUAGUUCUUGUAUCUUGUCAUUUCAUUCAAUCUAGGAAAAGGCUAUCCAGAAUUGUGUGUCUCACUGUAUUUUCUCAAGUUGAGUGAUGGUGAG